CACCUCUGUCGAACCAGAAACUUUCAUCAACAGCCGCCAUGUUUGUUGGUUGUGAACGGAUGAUUUUGGGAACAUUUAGUGUUUUAUUUAUAAUAUAAAAUAAUCUUUUGAUAAAGGACAUCGGUAAGGUUGUUACAUAAGUAUUUAUUCAAAGUUUUAAAUGUUCAGAAGGACUUUUUCCACAAGUUAAGUUUCAAUAAUUGUAAUUCUGAAAAAUUGUCACAGCCGUGGCGCUUUGUGGUAGCGGCUGGUGAUAAUCGGAGGUCGACGAGAAGUCGGCGGUAUCCGUCAUGUUUCAAAAAUAAAACUUGUGUUUGGUUUUUAAUUUAAGUGCUUAUUUUCUAACUAUGUUGGACUCUGUGGAAUUUGACUUAUUAUCGAAAAAAAUAUAUCUCGAUAAAGCUAUGGAUAACACGAUAUAUUACGGUUCUUGAAAUCUUCGUGCUGUGUUGAUGUAAACAUGGCCGACCAUCAACUUGGCCCUCCGGCCAACAAGAAAGCAAGAAUCGGAUCCCCAUCAUUGAACACUCCAAGUGAUAACAAUGAAUUCAACUUUGUAAAUUUAAACUUUGACGGUAUUGUCAAUGAAUUGCCAGACGAUCUUGAUGGAAUCCAGGGAACAUCAAAUGAUGUCCAUCAGUCUCAAGGCCUUGUUGAUACUGGUAUGGGAGGUUCCUUGACACAACUCUUGACAAGAGGAACCUCCUCUUCACAGGCUUCAGUGACCAUGUCAAUCAACAAUGUUGGAGCUGUUCCAAGUAGAAGUCCUGGCAUGGGUGGAAUGAUGAACAUAGGAAUGGGUAAAAAUGCAAUGACUAAUAAUUUAGCUGCAACAUUGGCAAAUAAUUCCAACAAAGUGGCUACAUCUUCACAUAUGGUUAUGAAUGACCUUGUUAGCAGUGCAUCCUAUACCAUAUCUGGUGCCAAUGCAAUGUUGGGUGCCACAAAUACAAUGGCAAUGAAACCCAUGGGGAAUCCGCAAAUGAUGGGAAAUCUCAGUAUGGGCCAGCAGAUACAAAAUCCUAUGAUGAAUGGACCUUCAGGAUUUUCUGGUAACAUGAUGCGAGGCAUGCAAAAUAAUGUGAAUCCUUCAACAUCAAUGCCUAUGUCACAGCAAAGUAUGAUGCAGAAUCCCAGUAUAUCACAACUUCAGGGGCAUCAAGGAAUACCAGGACAUUCAAAUUUGAACAUGAAUCAAAAUCCAACACAAAUGGUUAGGCCUAAUCAGCCUACAGGUAGUGGUGCAACUGGUUCUCGUCAGACAUCUGCAGACCCAGAUAAAAGCAAGUUAAUUCAACAGCAGUUGGUCCUUUUACUUCAUGCUCACAAAUGCCAACGCAGAGAACAAGCAAAUGGAGACCAAGAUUGCAAGCUUCCUUAUUGUCGCACUAUGAAAAAUGUUUUAAAUCAUAUGACCACAUGUAACAAAGGAAAAUCUUGUGAAGUGGCUCAUUGUGCUUCUUCUAGACAAAUCAUAACUCAUUGGAAAAACUGUACAAGAGUGGAUUGUCCUGUCUGCCUCCCAUUAAAAAUAGCAGAUAAACGUAACACUUCUGGUCAAAUUGUAACUCCCACUUCUACUUUAACUGCCCCUAAUUCUCAGCCUUCAGGUGUGACUGAUGCAGCAACUAUGAAAAGAGCAUUUGAGUCAUUAGGGCUUCAGUACACACAGUCGACUGCACCACCACAAAAUUCUGUUCCUAAUACCCAUCCUCAGCUUAAUACAAUUCCCAAUGAUGCUCUAAUGAACAAACCUAAUAUGUCAAACCAACAAGUACCAAAAGUUCAACCCAAUCAGACAGUCAGUAGUCAUAUGGGUAAUCUUUUGACCAACAUACCUGUCCCACAAGGACCACAAAAUAUUCAACAACAAAGUGGUUCACAGCUUGCAUCAUCUACUGCUGCAGCUGCUGCAAUGGGAAAUGCACCAGAUAUUGUCAAAUCUAUUCCACCCAUUAACAGGAAAGACUGGCAUGCUCAGGUGACCCAGGAUUUGAGAAAUCAUCUAGUGCACAAAUUAGUCCAAGCAAUUUUCCCAACACCGGAUCCAGCUGCCUUGCGUGAUAGUAGAAUGAAAAAUCUUGUUGCAUAUGCUAGGAAGGUUGAAGGAGAUAUGUAUGAAACUGCAAAUAAUAGAGGUGAAUAUUAUCACCUUCUUGCAGAAAAAAUUUACAAAAUUCAGAAAGAACUUGAAGAGAAAAGAAUUCAGAGAAUGAGAGGUGCUCAGAAUGUUCCUAAUGCAACAUUAACAGGAAUGCCUGGGCCUAUUCGUCCAGGUCAACAAAAUGGACCUAGUAAUACACAGUUGGGAAACUCCAUAUUUAGUGACAUGACUGGCAUGCAGCAGCCCCAGCAACCAAACCAAAAUCUACAACAGAUACCAAUGAAGUGGAGCCCGAAUGUGCGUGCAACACCUCCUCCAUCUGGACAGAUGCAGAACAUGGCCAACUCCACUCCUAUUUCAAUGAAUGCUGCAUUAAUGGAAUCUCAGCAGCAAUUUGAUGCAUUGGUAAAAAGAAAUCCUCAGCAGCAAGGUGCUAGACUUGGUUUUCCUCCAGCAACAGCGACAUCUACUCACCCAUCUCCUCAGCAGCAGCAACAACUUCUUCAUCAACAGCUCAAUUCACAAGCCCAAAAUUCUCAGCAACAAGCUAUCCAAAAUCACUUAAAUGUAGCUUUGAAUGACAGUCUGAUGAACACUAGCCAGCGCAUGGGAGGUGCCCAAAAUUCUGUUAACAAUUCAUUAGAUGUUUCAAGUCAUGUUCCAACUUCCCAACAGAAUUUGCUGGCUCAGUUAGCUGGUCCCACAGCAGUUUCAACUCCAAUCUUGAACCAGUCUAAUCUUUUGCCUAUGCCUAGACCACCACAUCAGAAUGGCCAAAUUUCUUCAAAGGAUCUGAAUCUUGACCACUCUCAAGGUACAGAUGAUUCUAUGAAGACUGAAUCCAUCACAAAAGAGUCCACAUUAUCAGAAAAUAAUCAAAACCUAUCUAGUCUACUCUCAGCUGCUUCACCUUCAACAUUAAAUUUGUCAUCAGUUGUAGCACCUGUUGUCCCUUUACUCGGUUCAAAUCCAUCAAAUAUGUCUUCCAUGUUGAACUCAACUCCAAAAACUGAAGUUAAAACUGAACCAUCUUUGGAUAUUAAAUCAGAAAAUGACAUUAAAGAAGAGAAAAUGGAGGUUAAAACAGAGUCAGACUGUAAACCUGAUAUUAAUUCUGUCAAAGAUGAACAUGAUACAUCUAGUCCAAAAAUGGAUCCUCUGGAUGAAAAUUCUCAGAGCAGUAAUACGGAAGAUAAAUCUGCAUCUGUGGACUCGUCUAAUAAUGCUGCUGUAGUUACACCAAAGCCAAGAUGUAAAAAAGUAUUUAAUCCAGAUGAAUUAAGGCAAGCACUUAUGCCUACAUUAGAAAAGCUUGUAAAGCAAGAUCCAGAAUCUCUUCCUUUUAGGCAGCCUGUUGACCCAGUUGUUCUUCAUAUACCAGACUAUUUUGAAAUAGUUAAGAAACCAAUGGAUUUAUCAACCAUUAGAAGGAAAUUGGAUUCAGGGAUGUACAAGGAUCCUUGGGAAUAUGUUGAUGAUAUUUGGCUUAUGUUUGAUAAUGCCUGGCUUUACAACAGAAAAACAUCCAGAGUGUAUAAAUAUGCCUCAAAAUUGGCAGAAGUGUUUGAAUCUGAAAUUGAUAGUGUAAUGGUAUCCUUGGGUUAUUGUUGUGGACGAAAAUAUGUGUUCUGUCCUCAAGUUUUGUGCUGCUAUGGAAAACAGUUGUGUACUAUUGCCAGGGAUUCAAUGUAUUUCAGCUAUCAAAACAGAUAUGUUUAUUGUGAAAAAUGCUUCAAUGAAAUCCAAACUGAAGAAGUAGAGUUAUCAGAAGAUCCAACUCAACCAACUGCAAAAAUAAGGAAAGACCAGUUUGAUAGAGUUAAAAAUGAUCAAUUAGAUUAUGAACCAUUUGUGGAAUGUUUAGAAUGUGGUCGCAAAUGGCAUCAAAUCUGUGCCUUAUGGUUUGAACCAAUAUGGCGAGAAGGGUGGACUUGUGAUGCAUGUCAUAAAGCCAAAGGUACUAAAAGAAAAGAGAAUAAAUUCACUGCAAAAAAGUUGCCAACUACGAAACUUGGUACAUAUCUUGAAAAUAGAAUCAACAAUUUCCUUAGAAAGAAAGACACUCAAGCUGGAGAGGUGACAAUUCGUGUGCUUUCUAGUUAUGAUAAAAUGACAGAGGUUAAACCUUUAAUGAAGAAAAGAUUUGGAGAUGAAAUUCCAGAUGUAUUUCCUUAUCGUGCCAAGGCUAUGUUUGCUUUUGAGGAGAUUGAUGGUGUUGAUGUUUGCUUUUUUGGUAUGCAUGUUCAAGAAUAUGGCUCAUCAAGUCCCAUGCCAAAUACUAGGCGUGUAUAUAUAUCCUAUUUAGACAGUGUGCAUUUCUUUCGGCCCAGACAACUUAGAACUGCAGUAUAUCAUGAAUUACUUAUUGGAUACUUAGACUAUGCCAAACAAUUAGGAUAUACCACUGCACAUAUUUGGGCAUGCCCCCCUAGUGAAGGAGAUGAUUACAUUUUCCAUUGUCAUCCACCUGAACAAAAGAUACCAAAACCAAAAAGACUUCAAGAUUGGUAUAAAAAAAUGCUAGACAAAGCCAUCAUUGAUCGAGUGGUAGUAGACUAUAAAGACAUUUUCAAAGAUGCAAUUGAUAGUGGCUUGAGUACUGCCAAAGAUAUGGCCUACUUUGAAGGUGACUUUUGGCCUAAUGUUUUAGAAGAUUGCAUUAAAGAACUGGAUCAGGAAGAGGAAGAAAAGCGUAAAAGAGAGGAAGCUGAAGCUGCAGAAGCAGAAGCUCAAGACACAGUGGAAGAGAUCAAUGAUACAGAUCUUUCUGGUAAAAAGAAGGGUGAGAAAAAGGGGCAAAGGAGUAAAAAAGCCAAUAAAAGUAAAGGAAGUGCUAGGAAAAAUAACCGGAAGACUAAUUUACCCCAGGGUACAAGUGAUCUAACUGCUAAACUCUACAAUCACAUGGAAAAGCAUAAAGAGGUAUUCUUUGUCAUCCGGUUGCAUAAUCAACAGAUAGCUGCUUCACUUCCACCUAUAACAGAGCCUGAUCCAGCCAUGAGCUGUGAUUUGAUGGAUGGACGUGAUGCCUUUCUUACAACAGCCAGAGAAAAGCAUUAUGAAUUUUCAUCAUUGCGUAGAGCUAAACUUUCAUCAUUAGCUUUAUUGUACGAGUUGCAUAAUCAAGGAAAAGAUGCUUUUGUCUACACAUGCAACAGUUGCAAGGCUGCAGUGGAAACUCGUUAUCAUUGCAAUACCUGUGAUGACUUUGAUCUAUGUAUCCCUUGCUACAAGAAAGAAAGCCAUUGUCAUGAGAUGACUAAACUAGGCUUGGGUCUUGAUGAGAUUUCAAGCUCAGGUAAAGAAGAGAAUCCUCAAGAAUCUAGGCGCAAGUCUAUUCAACGUUGCAUUACAUCAUUGGUCCACGCCUGCCAGUGCAAGAAUGCUAACUGUAGGAUUAACUCUUGUAUCAAGAUGAAACGUGUUGUAUCUCACACAAUGAGCUGUAGGCGCAAGAGCAAUAAUGGCUGUCCAAUCUGUAAACAGUUAAUUGCUUUGUGCUGUUAUCAUGCUAAGCAUUGUCAAGAGGCCAAAUGUCCUGUACCCUUUUGUCCUCAACUAAAACAAAAAUUAAGACAGAAGCAACUGCUUACCAAUCUCCAUCAAGCACAGAUGCUUAGAAGGCGUGUUGCCAUUAUGACAGGCAACACCAGUAACAAUGCUACAACAAUUAAUGGUCCAUCUAGUGUCCCAACACCAGAUGCAUCACCACAGCCAUCCACAUCAACAAAUUACAAUAGCGGCAGUGUUGGUAAAACUCCUGGUGGCCCACCUAGAGCAGCUAUCAAUGCUGCCCAUGAAGCUCUGGUCCAGGCUGAGGCACAAAGAACUGGCAAUGUUCCUAACAUUAGCUCAAUAGGUAAAGGUAAACCAACCAUGCAGCCACCCACAAUCAGACCUCAACCAUCGACUAACUUGGUACCAUCACCUUCUGUGGGAAAACCUACUCAAAGAACGUGGUUCAACAGCCCACAAGUUAGGCCAGGAAUGAAUGCUAAUGUCAGAAUGCAAAACAUGCCGCCUAUGCCACAACAGCAACCACCACCGCAGCAACAAGCUGUUUCUACCAUGGGACCUAAUGUUGGAGCUGUAGCCCCAGGUCCAGGUCCAACAGGCACUGGUGUUAGUGGAAAUAUUGGCCCAGCAGUUCAUAAUAUGUUACAGGCAUUCAAAAACCAAAACAUUUCACAGGCUGAAUGGAUAGCGCUUUUGAAAAAGAAUCCUCAAUUGAUGGCCCAAGUUCUGAAACUUAAAAAUGCCAAAGUACAACAACAACAGCAGCAGCAGCAGCAACAACAACAACAGCAGCAGCAACAACAACAGCAGCAGCAGCAACAACCAAUUAUGGGCAUGCCCAAUAUGGUUCAGCAAAUGUCUCAACAAGUUGGGCAAAUGCAACAGCAACAAAUGCGAAUGAAUCAAAUCAUGCCACAACAAUAUCGACAACAACCACUCCAGCCACCACAAACAUCUCAGAUCACACCCUUUGCUCAGCCCCAUAAUUCUUUCCCGCAAAGACCUAGAACAAAUUUUCAGCAAUCUUUUCAAAAUGAUGGAAGUCACAUGCAACUUUAUCCCCAACAGCACAUGAUUCAUCACCAGGCCCAACUCAAGCAACAAAUGGUUGGUGGUCAGCCUAUGAGUCCAACAUAUAUGCUCUCUCCUCAAGGUAAUCCCAAUUCUCAACAAAUGCUUCAGCAAGUACGUUCUCCUCCAGCUUCAGCUGCAAGCUUAUCUCAGACUGUUAGAUCCCCACAGCCCACACCUUCUCCAAGACAGCCCAUUCCUUCCCCACGUCAGCUCCAGCAAUCACCUCAUCACAAUAUGGUCAGCAAUGCUUCUCCUCACCAUGUUCUGGGAGUAGGCCAGGAUGCUUCACAGAUGACUACUGAUCAUGUUAUGCUGUCAUUACAAACUCAUAAUUCCAUGUCGCAAAUGCCAAAUUCAGAUGUUAACAUGGGGCAACAGGACAAUGAGGUUGCUCCUCUUACACCCCAGGACCAAUUAGUUCAUUUUGUGAACCAGAUGUAAUUAGCCCAGCUCCUCCUUCCCUUGUAAAUACAAAUUAUUUUAACAUUUCAUGUGAAUAAUCAUCUAGUAACUUAUCAUCAAGAACAUUUUUUGUAUUUGAUUAUUGUACAGCCUUUUUUUUUUUUUUUUUUGAACAAAUGUGAUCAAUGUUGUUUUCCAUUCAAGAGUUGUUUUAUAUUUUUUACAGAUAUUGUCUAUUUGUGUAUGUUUGUUGGUUGAGAUUAUUGUUGCUGUAAAUUUUCAGUCCUGCUUAGAUACAAAUUAGUAAUCAUCAAAUCACAAGACUAGUUCUUUGUAAAUACAAAUUAUUGCGUAAAUAGGUGCCCAAUAAGAAUACUUAUUAUUUUUAUUUUGAAUUGUUCUACUGUAAGAUAUUUGUUUACAUUCUUUUUGACACAGAUCUUACCCAAUGAAUAGUCUUGAAUUAGAGACAGAACUCUGUGAUUCUUAAUAAUGGGGGCAAUUAUGUUUACUGACAACCCUCGGCUGGCCUGAGCUUAAGGUUAAAAACAAAAUUGCUGCAGGUGAUACAUUAAAAACUGUUGUAUUUGCAAAAUAUAUUAAGCUUUACCAUUGUUCAAGCAUUUGAACCAGUUUUAAGACUGCAGGAUUUUGCUUAACUUUUUAUAUGAUGGAGAUCCUAUAAAUUAUUUCAAAAUGCUUCUUAAUAGGUUGGUCAUUUUAUUUUUCAAUUUAGUGUAUGCUUAUUAUUAGUCUAAAGAAGUCAUUUAUAAAAAAAAAAAAAGAGCAAUUUGUAUUUCAACUUAGCUGAAAAAGAGUUUAUAUAUUAUUAUUUUUCACUGUCUUUUGGUGUUCCAAGUCCAACAGUAGAAGCUAAGGUUAAUCUAUUCAAACAAAUCUGUUCUUGAUGCUGUGUAAACACUGGUCAUUCAAUGAAAACUUGCUUCAGUGUAAUGUAAAAAAAAAUGUUUGCUAAUUAUUUUCAAAACACUUAUUUGAACAUUUGUAAAACUUCCUUUUCCACUUCAAUUCUUCAGUGCAAAGCUUUGUGUACUUAUGUUGAGAUCUAUUUAUUAUUCAUUGAUCAUUUUGCAACUCCAUCUAUUGCAUCAGUCAAUUUUGAAUCAAACAAGUCAAUUUCUAAGAUAUUUAUUUUUGUCAAGAGUAUGUCAUUUUACAUAGUAAAACAAUAGUGUACAUCUUUAGAUGGCUUGGAUUAAAUGGAGAAAAUCCUUUCACUUUGCAUUUUUUGAAUACUAUUCAUUUGAUUAGAUUAAGCUGAUAUUUUUAGGGUAAUGAUGCUCAUGUUUGGUUCCUGUCAGUAGUAUUUGUCAGAGUAGUUCAUUUUUAAAGACCAGUAGGAUAAUUGUUAUGGCCAGCAUUAAUAAAACUCCUCUAGUUGUACUUACUGAGACAGGCAAAGAAAGUAGUGCUCAAUGGCUAACCAUUUGUCUAUGCAAGUAUCUUUUUGUUGUUGAAAACUGAGCUGAAGUCUGAACCAUUGAACACAUGACCAUUGAUCUCAUGUAGCAACUUUUUUUUUUUUUUUGCUUGGUCCAAAAGCCUUGUUUCUAUUUUGUAAAUAUAGCCAUCUUUAAAAAAAAAGUAAUUUAUUUUGUUCUUUGGUUUCAUCUUUUGUUGCCCCAACAUCUUUGGACAUUUUCUACACUCCUAGAAAGGAAACAAAACAACAACAUAUCUUUGAAUCUGAUGGUCUAUACCCAAAAACAUAUCUUGCAAUAAAUACAUUUUGUUUGUUUUGGUUGUUUUUUAUCUCUCUUUGAUUACUUUUGUACAUCAUUAUAUGGUCACAUGUUGGUCUGAAACUUGUUCCUAUCAUGAGAAUUUCUAGUUUGUCCAUUACAUAUUGUUUGUGUUUUGGGGGAUUUUUUUUUGUCACUACAACGAUACCUGUUAACCUAGAAAGCUGAUAGCAUGGUGCUAGUUGGCUCAACUCCUUUACUAUAAAAUCACAAGAAUUAAGUAAUUCUAUGUUUUAUAUUAGUAAUUUUUGAAAUCUUAGCAACCAAAAUGAAAUUGUUCCCUUCUGAAACUGUUUAGAUGAUUACAGGAUACAGUGAAUAUUAGUGCCUUAAACCAAAUGUUAGGUUUAGCUAAAGUUUCCUAGUUCUAUUAAAAAUAGUCUGUAGAAAAGAAUCUUAACAAAACUGAAAGAAAUUAGGUUCUUUGUGAGAUGUCUUCAUAGUAUUAAUUAUAUGUCUACAUAUAUUGGCUACUCCCCCCUUUUGUAUUUUAACUGAAUGGUUUUAUUUAUUCUGUGCUAUUAAUAGUUAAUAAGCAUAAUAAAUGCAGUGCAUUAGUUUUGCUCCAGACAUUCUGAUGAAAUAAACCCAGUUUCCCACAUUGGUGGUACAAGACAUGUAUAAAUCGUGUACAUAGUGUGUGUUUAAGUUUAGUAUUAUUUUUAUUUGUAAUACUAUUUGAAUCUAUUCUUUGCCAGCCGAGGGAGGAGGUGUAUGUUUUGAACGUCACCAUGUAGUAUUUAUUACUGCUAGCUCCAUAAUUCAUUUGUUGUUAAAUGAACUCUCUCCCGCGAGUGGCCCUGACUUCCUGUUCACCAGCACUUGGAGCAACAAACAGCAUUUUGUUCAUUGUGUGAUUAGAGUGAGUGCUAAAAGGAACUUUUGCAGCUAGUUUUGUAUGAGUGUGUACAGGUGUGUGUAUAGUCUUACUGCGAUAACAUAAGAGUAAUAAUGAUUUCAUAAACAUGCUGUAAAUAAUAAAACUUGUCAGAAAUUUG